UCUGAGAUGAGUACUGCCUAAACUCUAGUCUGUAAUCAGAGGUGGUACUGAAAGCUGAAAAAAAAAAAAGAUAUUGAUUGGACAGAUGAAGAGUACAUAUACUCUCAUACUGCUUUCUCGUGCACUGAGAGGACAUAAGAUGGCUAGAUUAGUGCUUGGUUUGCUGAUUUUGGGGGUCACUGCAGUGAUCCCUACAGCCUCGUUCAUAGAUGAGUCAGAGCUGAUAGAAAUAGCAGUGGUGGAGCUUAAUACACGUCCAAGAUAUUCAAAUCUGUAUUAUUUCUCAGAGUUGAAAGAGAAAAAGGAAAUGGUUUCUGAAGAUGGACAUGAAGUCCAACUGAUGUUUACUAUUAAAGAAACUAAUUGUCGAAAAAGCACAAGACAAGAAGCUAAAACAUGCAAGUUCAAGCAAGGAGGAGUAAGUAUCUGA